UCGGAAAAUUCCGUCAAAAGUGAAGAUUUUCGUACCAAAUAUUAGCCGCAUUGAGGCUCUGAGCGAACGAAUCGGUUAAAAACCAAUUCCCGCCAGUUCUGCCCACCGAUGAUUGUAAUUGUAGUACAAAUAUAGUGUAAUAUUGUAGCUCUGCUUAAGAUCAACUAGACUAGCUGUGUUUGUUGAGUAAUUAAGCUCUCAACAGCAUGGUGCUUGCGAAGGAAUACCGAAUAUGCAUGCCGCUGACUGUGGAGGAGUAUAAAAUAGGGCAGUUGUAUAUGAUUGCGCGCCACAGUCUUGAACAAUCGGAUGAUGGAGAGGGAGUAGAGGUGAUUGAAAAUAAGGAAUGUUUCGAUCCUGAGCACGGCAAAGGUCAAUACACAGAAAAGCGGAUACACUUGUCCAGCCGGCUUCCCUACUGGCUGCAAGCUGUUUGUCCAAAAGUGUUCUAUGUAAUAGAGAAAGGCUGGAACUAUUAUCCUUACACUGUGACUGAAUAUACGUGCUCCUUUAUCCCAAAACUACAUAUUCGUAUACUGACGCGGUUUGAAGAUAACGCUGGUACAUCUGAAAACUGUCUGAAUCUUUCAGAAGAAGCUCUAAAAACUCGAAUAGUCGAUCAUGUUGAUAUAGCUUUUGAGGAACCUGCGGAAAAGCAUUACAAAAAAGAGGAAGACCCCAAGUUCUUCAAGUCACGUAUCACCGGACGCGGGCCGCUGGUAGAGGGAUGGCGUCAAACAGACAGCCCAAUGAUGUGCUCCUACAAAUUGGUGGAAACUUCUUUUGAAGUCUGGGGUCUACAGACCAGAGUGGAGGACUUCAUACAAAAGUGCAUUCGAGAUGUUCUCCUGCUGGGCCACAGACAGGCAUUCGCAUGGAUAGACGAGUGGCACGGAAUGACCAUUGACGAUGUACGCAUGUACGAGAAAGAUAAACAGAUGGAAGCGAAUGAUAAGCUACGACAAUCGUUGCCUCCGGCGCUGGAAACUGAUAACACCCAGGAAAGCAAUUAG